AGGAAGAAGAAACGGAAGGAACAAGAAGAAAAAGAAUGGUGUGAAGAUCAUUAUGUGAAGUUACUUGAUCAAAGCGUGCAGUCAAGCAUGACCACGGGCAUGCAAGAAUAUGUAUCUCAGAAUCCUGAUCCGGUGCUUUACAAGGAACAGCGACCAGAAGAGCGGGAAGAUGAUAAACGCUCACCGUCACCGCGCGACAACCACCAAAGAAACGGAGGGCAGGGUGUUGAUAAAGAAACCACUUCCCCAGUCCAGAAACCAGGUUUUUCCUUAGUGCUCGAAGUGGUGACGUACAACCUGCUGUGGAGCGGGUCGUGGGAUCCUGCCUGGCCAGGAAACUGGCGCUUCAGUGCCGCGCAGCUUGACCUCUCCCUGUCACAACAUACGGAAAAGGAGAUGUAUCUGGCUGUGUACAGUCUAGUUUCCUAUUGGAUUCCUACAGAAACAAAUCGAAAAUACUACUGAAGAUUGAAAAGUGUUGUUGUUGAGUCUUCUUUGUCGUUUCGCUUCAACAAAAUUUUUAUUCCUGAGUUGUCAUUAUCAUUUCUUCAUAUGAAGAGACGCAGAUGGUGACUUGUAUGGUCCUGACAUUAUGGAUCCUGAGACCGGUACAAAGCGCACAAAUGUCCUCCGUGGCCACAAGACGGAUGAGCCGCAUGUGUUCGGUUACCGGCACUUCAUGGAGAAAUUUUAUCGCGAUGAAUUUCGAGCGAUCUGGCCUGAUAAGGCACGUGGAACCGCUAUCGUCCAAGAUUUAAGGCUUAAGCACGUAUUUCUCGUUUCCUAGGAAGGGUCUUUCUCAUGCUCCUUGGCACAAGCUUUUUCGAAGGAAAAGUACUCCCACAGUGUGUGAUGUCUGAUAUAUGGGAUAUUAAUCAUGGGCCUUUUUAUGUAAGCUCUAAGAGAAGGAAAGCCACUGCCAGAAGGUACCUACGUGAGCCGUUUCGCAAAUGACAGCGUGAUUCCUCGUGCGGCCGCUGAGGGAGAUGAAGUGCUGCGGUCAAAAUUUUUGCCCGUGUUUGACGAAUCGACACGAUUCGAGAAAAUAUGGACAAAAGUUGAACAAAGGAUGGAAGCCGCUAAAGCUGGGUAUACUUUUAGACACAAAGGAGCGUCGGCGAAACAAGACGAAAAUGCGAGUCGUCUUCCCUUGCAAGAACAUGUUGCACGACUAGAAGAGCAGAACCCUCAAGUUCCAAGGCAUGACAUAGCGGUGAUUUUUUGUUUCCAAGAGGUAUCGCAGAAAUGGGCAGAUAGACUUGGAGAACGUUUUCGUCAGUUCAAUUAUGCAACGGUUUUUGCUCGAGGCAGACGACGUGAUGCUGAUGGUAUGGCUAUGGGCGUCCUCUGUGCGUUUCCAAUAUCUUAUUUUCGCCUCCACACGCUGCAAUCUGGGACCCCGAUGUACGAUGAUGUGGAUCAAACUGCGUGCGCCUUUUCCUACGACGGAGUGGAAGAAGAAAUAGAUCCACCUCUUCGACGACAAGGCGAUGCUAACACGAAGAAAGACGGAGCGGAGCUCUCUUACGUAUUGCAUCGCGCCAACCGCUGUGACUUGGGUGACGUUUUUCAAGGACGGCGACUGCUGAAAAUCGAUCACUCACUUAGUGCUUUCGAUUGUCUGAAGGCACCGGACGCGGACGCCGAGAGACGUGAUGAAAAGAGGACGUCGACGCCAUUAAGUUCAGAAGAAAUUGAGGACACAAUAGCAUGCGCUCGAAUAUUUUGGCACAGCCUCCCUUAUUUGUUUCUGGAUUUGGAAGUCAAAAAUUCCUCGAGCCAGUCUUCUAGAAGUGUGGAUAAUUCAAAACAGGAGUCCAAUGACAGCAAAAGGAGAAGACUUGUCUUCUGUGGUUGGCAUCAUAUACAGCAAGUUCAUGCGCGAGCACGGACAGGUCGGCCUAUCGGCCUCACAGCCAUGGGAGUAUAUGCAGCUGCUUUGCGGUGCAAACUCGAAGAAUUUCGUCGGCUAACAUCAACUACAAAUCUGAUGAAGCAGUUUGGUCCUCGUGGCUCUGAAAGCGAAAGUAAAAACGACAGCGACUCGUCCAUGUUGCCCCCAAUAAUCAUGGCAGGAGAUUCCAACUCUGUUCCGAGUGUACCGUACUGGUCCGUGUUCACGAAUCGUGGCGACCAGUUGUUGGCAGAUUUCUUGUCAGCUAGAGGCUCAAGCUCCGCUAUGGCAAUGCACAAUCAGGGUUACCGCGAGCAUCUGAUAGUGGUGCUAUUGUGUGCUUCUUGUUUCCUUGCAAUGCGAACUAGGAUGUGGAUGAAAUAUCAGAUGGAUAAAGGUUGUCUAACUAGUAUUUUCGCCAGGUUGACGUCUCCAACUCCAUCUCUAAUAGCAAGACAAAUGAAGAGAAGGCACAAGAAACUAGCGCAGAUGAUCGCGUUGACGUUCUGCACGAAACGAUACGACUGGCUACGGCGCUUUGCAAAUCUACGAGUAUUCUCAGUGAUGCUUCCACGUCGUCACUAUUGUCAUUACUUCCAUCCACGGUUUCUGCCUACGAAGAACUGCAGGGUGGUCAUCCUGAGUUGACAACGCGGACACGGGAGUUUGAGGGCGCAUUGGACCAUACUUUUUAUACGCCAGCUGCAUCUAGAAGUUCUAGUACCGUAGAAAAUAUAGGUGAAUUAUGUCUUUCCUGUUCUACACUUCAGUUGCGCGCGUUGGAAUGUCUUCCCAUGCCUUCAGCCAGUGACUAUGACCAUGACGUUCUUCCAAAUCUCGAAGAGCCGAGCGAUCACCUACUGCAAUGGACGAGGUUCCAUUUGUAUGCCGGCAGCUAACCUUCGUGGGCGUGGACAGCAAUCAAUUAUGAAAUCUGGCCGCUAUAAUCCUUGCAGUUUCGUGCAUCACCAGGCUCAAUAAGAAUAUGCGUCCAUUUGUAGCACCCUCGAUUUUGCCCCGUAGGCGGCUUUUUGUGUCCUCCGAACAGAGCGUGGGUCUGGGUGUAUCGUAAAUUUUUGUCCUCAAGCAACAGCAAGCGCCCAGCACUUCUAGUGAGCCACUCUUUAUCGUAUUUUCGCAUCCCCAUUGCCUGUCCAAGAGUAUCGCAAAUUUUGUUUUUUCGUGCACAUCAGUGAUUCGGAACUCCAACAAAUUUACGGUGUUUCAACAGAAUUAGCACUUCAGUUUCUAGGAGCUCGAUAUGGACAAAAAGAAUGAGCAUAUCCUAGCAUCCGACACAUGAGAAAAAAUGUUGUAAUCAUGUGAAGUCAACAUACUACAGUCUUUUCUGGUGCUGGUCGUCGUGCCCGAUUAAAGAGUUAAGGCGUGAAUGUUGUGGCAACGCC